GAACCAGCUCUGCUUGGCACUAAACUGAGCAAAAUACUGCUACGGCUUUAUCCAGCCAUUACCAAGCUCUAUCAUGAGCAGUGUAGUCCAGAACCCCUACAUCGGCCGCACAACAAGCACCAGGAUGCCAAAGCCUGGGGGCAGUGGAGGGGUGCCUCCUUCAAGUCGAGACAGCAGUGGGAUUUGUCGAAGCAGUAGCAUCAGCAGUGGAAGUGGCAUGUCUGGAGGCAAGAUACUGUCUCUAUCAUCCAUGAGUGAUAGCCUGCACAAUGGCCAGAGCUGUUUCUUGUCAGAGCAAGCCCUCGAGCAGGAGGAAAGGCAGCAGCGCACUCACCACUUGGCUGAGUUUCAGCGGCUAAAAGAGGUUCGUGCAGCUGCUCAGCUCAAAAACCUGGAAGAUUUCCUCAGGAUGAACCAUGUGUCACUCAGGGACAGCAUGUCUUAUUCUACGGGCAUGAUUUACAGAAAUCUGGGCAAAUCUGGGUUGAGGGUGUCCUGUCUUGGAUUAGGCACGUGGGUUACCUUUGGAGGACAGAUAACAAAUGAGGUGGCAGAGGAACUGAUGACUUUGGCAUAUGAGAAUGGAAUAAAUCUGUUUGACACAGCUGAAGUGUACACUGCUGGAAAGGCUGAGGUUGUCUUGGGAAAUAUCAUAAAGAAGAAAGGAUGGAGGCGUUCCAGUUUGGUCAUCACCACCAAAAUAUUCUGGGGAGGAAAAGCAGAAAUGGAGAGAGGUUUGUCCAGAAAACACAUUAUUGAAGGUCUAAGAGCAUCGCUAGAGAGACUUCAAUUGGAUUACAUAGAUGUCAUCUUUGCCAAUCGACCAGAUCCAAACACACCUAUAGAAGAGACGGUGAGGGCAAUGACACAUGUGAUUAACCACGGGAUGGCCAUGUACUGGGGUACAUCAAGAUGGACAUCUAUGGAGAUCAUGGAGGCGUACUCUGUGGCAAGACAAUUCAAUCAGAUCCCACCCAUUUGCGAACAAGCAGAGUAUCACAUGUUCCAAAGGGAGAAAGUUGAAAUUCAACUUCCUGAACUCUACCACAAGAUAGGCAUCGGCGCUAUGACAUGGUCUCCACUUGCUAGUGGGAUCAUCUCAGGGAAGUAUAACAAUGGGAUCCCUCCUUGUUCACGUGCCUCGCUUAAGGGUUAUCAAUGGCUGAAGGACAAGAUCCUGAGUGAGGAGGGACAUCGUCAGCAGGUGAAACUAAAAGAUUUACAGGCAGUUGCUGGGCGACUCGGCUGCACUCUGCCCCAGCUGGCUAUUGCCUGGUGCCUGAGGAAUGAAGGGGUGAACUCAGUCCUGCUGGGAGCUUCCACAACUGACCAACUGAUGGAGAAUAUCAGAGCAAUACAGGUUCUCCCAAAGUUAUCACUGUCCCUUGCAUCUGAGAUGGAUGGCAUCUUGGGAAACAAGCCGUACAGUAAAAAGGACUUCAGAUCCUAGAAGCACCCGUGAUGAACUGUCUCUGCUUUUGAAAAAGCAGCAACACCGAUUAGCAGAAUUUGACAAACUGUGGAUAAUCAGAAAUCUGUUUCUAAAAGACACAUGGCAUAAAAAACACAUUAUCCAUUUCACCAAGUUGAAGCACUUUACUGUCUUGCUCGUGUUUGCACUUAUAACCAAUUUAUAGUGCCAAUUACUACCAAAUGCAAAUACUUCAACCCUCAUCCGCUGCAUUUCGUCUAAUCAGCGGAGAAAGUGAAUGGCUGAGUGGGAUGAGUCCUCUGCACUGUCUACAGAUUGUUGUCUCAGCAUGUUUUGUGGAACAUGUUGAUCCAAAUCUUCAGCCUACUAAGUACGUUAUGGUGUGAUGUAUUCCCAUUUUGACUGUAAUAACAACAGCGAUUUGUUUUAGGAAUUAAACAUUGUAUUAUUUAUAGUCAGUUUAGGUAUUUGAUUAUUGUUAGAGCAUUGCUGUCAUGUUAUAGUCAGUUUAAAGUCAUAUGUUGUUUAACUUCAUAAUACAUGUUUGAUUCUUUUUUUUUUGUUGAGCUGUGUUUUUAAAAAAAAUUGGGGCAUGUGUUAGCAUGGUUAGCACUAUAUCUUGGCCAAUGUGGGAAUAUGACCAUUUAUAGCUAUCAAAUUACAUUUCAAUUCAACUUUAUUUGUAUAGUGCCGAAUCAUAACAUACCCUAGGCACCUUACAAAGUAAGGCUGAGACCUGAAAAUAUUAUAGAGAAACAGCUCCCACCAAAUGAGUAACCACACUUCAGUGCAGUGGAAUAAAAAAAACUCCCUUUAAACAGGAAUAAACCAUCAGAACCAGACUCAGUGUGGGCGGAAAUCUGACAGGUUGGAGUGAGAGGAGAAAAUGGAAAGAAGAGGAGAGGUGAGUGGAGAUGACGGGAGAGAAGAGAGACACACCAGGAACCGUUGUGUAGCCGUCACAUUUAGACUCUGUCAGACUGGUUGUGAUAAUUUAAAUAAGUGAUAUUUAUAGAUGUAAUGAUAUCAGACCAAAUUAAGUUUCAAACUAGGGUUUUUUAUUUGAAAAGUUCUUUAAGAACUCUAAUGUUUAAAAAGUCCAAAAGCUCGAAAAAGUGGCCCAAAGCAGGGUGGUGGUUGUAGCACAAACGAUCUCAGAUCUGUCUUUCCUCUCGCAUGCACUUGGUAUGGCAGAAGCUGUAUUGGGGAAUACCCUGGUGUACCUCAUGUCAGGUGAGAAGUGGUGGCUGUAUCUGGGUAUUGACAGAAACACGUGAACAGCAAAUCACACAAUAAGAGGCCUGAAGAAUGUGUCAAACACCUGGAAUAAACUGAAAGAAAACAGGGUUUUUUAACACAGCUCUACAAUAAACAUGCACUCAAUCAGGCCUUAGUUGCCCCAUCUCAGUCAACCUUAUAUGAAUAGAAAUUAAUUUUUACGUUAAAUUCAACACAGAACUCAAAAGACUGCAAAAGAGAUAAAAACGGACAAUGAGUUUUGCAUUAAAAUUCACUUGAGUCUACCAUGGAAGUAGCUUACUACAGACACAAUAUAUUAUAUUGAUAUUUAAUAUAAUAUAUUCAUUCUCUGGAAAUCUUUGAUAUUUGUAAUGGUUAAUUAAUUCAACAUUACCAACAUUACCAAUAUCACAAAGCCUGUUAAGAUGUUUUCUAACACAAUUUUACCACAAUAAGAUACAUUGAUAUAUUGUUUUUUAUUAUUAUUUAAAGAUAACAAUAUAGAUACAUUUGUUUCCUUUUGAAUCAACAAUACUGAAUUGAUUUUUGCUCUAGAUCAAUGACAUAUUUCUCCACACCCUUUUUGCUCAUACAGUGGUUGUGUUUUAUUGUAAGGUGAGGUCUAACAACCACAGCAAAGAAGGAUGUUAAGUGGCAUCCGCAUUAGGAGGAGUGGGUCAGGGUGAAUGGACAGUUUGACAAAACACUGGACCUUUGAUAUACAGUAGACCACUGCUCAUCAACUGUGUGAAACAAACAAACAUUUAAGCAAAUGUGUGUGACGUAGUACACCUAGGUGUUAUGGGGAAGAGAAGUGAUGUUGUUAUGGGGAUGAAGUGUGAAGAGAGUACCUACGGCUGAUGAAGGCCAGUACAGCCAAUGCUGAGGUAGUCAGACAGAAGUGUUGAGAGAAGCGCAGGUUUCUAGCCUGACAGUGUUCAAGGCCCUGUAUGUUGCUGCUGCUGUUGUGGAGGGCAAAUAAAGUUACUGCGUUCUGAACCAUUAACAAACAUCUCCUUAUCCUUUUUCAAUGGAAUUGCCCGGACGGCUGGUUACUGGCCAGAUAACCAGCCAAACUAACAGUAAGGAGGUAAUAAACUGCUACUUAACUGACAAUGGUGAGCAUGAUGCGAGUGGACACCGAGCUACUUCUACACUUUCAAGAAAUUUAAUUGAAUUCAGACA